UACACAGGAGUCCGCAGCCGGCGUAGGUUCAGUUAGCAGCAGUACGCACAGCGAGAAGUACGACCAUGGCUGAUAUCUCGAACGAAGAACUUCGCAAGGAGAUCACCGCCAUCCUUAAGGAUGCCGACCUCACCACAAUGUCUGCUAAAAAAGUCAGGCUACAAAUUGAGGGCAAAUUGGACAUAGAUCUCACAGAAAGGAAGAAAGAAGUAGAUAGCCUAGUCAUGGAGUGUUUACAAGAGAAACAUGAAGGAGCAAAGAAAAAGAAGAAGACUGCUAGUGAAGAGUCCGAGGAUGGAGAAGAAGAGGAGGAAGGUUCCGAGGAAGAGGAGGAGGAAGAAGAGAAGAAACCAGCUAAAAGAAGUCCUGCAAAAAAGCCCAUAAGCAAGCGUAAGAAGGGAUCAUCCGACGACGAAGAGAGUGCCAGCGAUGAUGAUGCGAGCGAUGAGGAAUACAGUCCAAAGAAACCGAAAGCUACGCCCAAGAAGGGUAAGCCUGGCAAGAAAGGAAAGAAGAAGGGCAGCGACAGCGAUAGUGACGAAGAUUGGGGCAAGAACAAGAAAGCUCAAGGAGGUGGUGGUGGAAAGAAAGGUGGUGGUGGUGGUACAGGUAAGGGUGGCUACACUCGUGCCAUUACACUAUCUCCAGAACUCGCUGCUGUAGUUGGCGCUGAGCAAAUGGCACGACAUGAGGUCGUUAAGAAGAUUUGGAGCAUUAUUAAAGAAAGAGACCUAUAUGAUCCCAAGAACAAGCAGUUCGCAAUUUGCGACGAUGAACUGUUGACAGUAAUUGGCGUAAAACGUUUCAGAACUUUCGGUAUGAUGAAAUACCUCAAAAAUCACUUUGUAGAUUAAAUCAUCCCUGAGCCACAAUCUCCGACAGGUUAUAAAAAAAACAUUGUAUAACAUAUUCCAAGAUGCAAAUCGCAUCUCUCCAUCUUUCUCACACGAAACAUACAUAAAAAUACAUAUACAUACGAACACACAGAACAUAUUGCGACUUAAGACUUUAGCCAUGUUUACACCGUUUUCGAUUCACUCUGUUUUCCAUGGUAGUCUCUUCUUCUCACGAAACAUUCACAAUGUAGCAUCUUAAGUUAUGGGCAUUAUUUUAAAGAAAGGAAAAAAUAAAACGAAAUCACGGCGCCGUGUAACAUUACUGAAGGUGGCCGUAGAACAAUCUAAUGCAAAUGAUGACCCACGAAAUAAGAAGAAUUCGGGUGAAAUUUGGUUACAACGCCGGGUGAAAAACGGAGAAGUGACGUACCAUGGACAGUCGGAUGAUUAUUUGAAAUGUGGAAAACAUUGAAGUGGCUGAUAGUCAGUAAGCUGGUUUUAAGUCUAUGUUCAGGAUUAAUAUUUUAUCGUUUGUUUGGCGGCUCUCGUGAGCCGCCCAUUCCCGCCAAGCGUGAAAAUACAGUGUGCCGCCCGUGGCAGCGAAAUCGAAGCAGUAAAUAUGCUCUGAAUUAUUUUUUAAGACGGUCAUUUUCAAUUUUUAUUCCGUGACAUUUCGUUUGAACGAGCGAUCGGAGAGCUGUUAAAUGAACCGUUAAUCGAACAUUUCCGAAGACUAUAAAAUGCAUUUUUGGUUGAAGACCAAAUUAUCGUUUGGAUUCUCUGCACCGCUGCCGCCAAUGAAACACGAUAUUUUCAUUCGUUUUGUUUUUAAAAUAUGGAUUGUAUAUUUCGACAAUGGACAUGUAACACAGAGAGAACGAAAAAAAAGAAGAAAUAGGGCAAGUGAUUUUGUCAACCAACGAGAGAGUGAAUAAAAGUAGAAAGGCAAAAACGUGCGGUAAAAAAAAAAUACAGAGAAAACAACGCAAUGCGAAAAGAAAGAAAUCAAUAUUCUGUACCUCUUCUGUAUAAUAGCUACAUUAUACAAUGAAAUUAUUACUAAGCGAAAUUUAAUUGUAUUAUCGUGUAAUUACUAAUUAUUGUCGUAAUAUAGGUUUCUUGGUGUAAAAAAAUUGACCUAACUCUUAAGAUGUAAUGGUAAAAGCGAUAUAUUCAGUGGAAGGUACGAUGUAUGCAUAUUAAAAAAAAAAGAAAAAGGAAAAGUCACAGUAUGUGCAGCAAUUGCGCAACGUUGAAGUGUAGAAAAUAAGAUAGGCUCAUAUGGCGCGAGGUACGGAAUUGAUACUGGCCGCAGACACCCUUACGUAAAACUAAAGGAAAGAAAGAGAAAAAAAAACAAAUUCGUGCGUUUUUGAAUCGAAAUUGAAACUAGUGCUGGCCUAACUUGACUCGAGAGAAAGCCAUGAAGAGACAAGAUCAUUGCAACAAAAAGAAUAACAAGAAAACACUACGAAUAGAAUGAGGAAAGACUACGCGGAGUAUGGGUGAAAAAUAAGACGCACGUUACACACGGAAUGACAUUCUAAUGCAAGUUUGUUUCUUUAAGGAAAAGAUGUGCGGAUUGUGCCCUGAUAUUCCGUGACUGUAUUUGAGAACGUCAUUAAAAGAUAUUGCUUUCAUUUUUUUUAACAAA